AUGCAGGUUACGGAUAAUCCAACCGACUACUCUCCCUCCAUUCCUCGAAUUCCUCCAAAUUUUCAUAUUGAGACUGUAGGUGAAUCGCAAUUUGUUAUACCUGAUCGAUAUUCUGGAUUGCAUCCCAUCGGAACCGGUGCCCAAGGCUAUGUCGUUUCGGCCUAUGAUUCGCUUUGCCAACGAAAGGUCGCGAUAAAAAAAUUAACCCAUCCAUUCCAGAACGUAACUCAUGCCAAGCGAGCAUAUCGCGAAAUCGUCCUAAUGAAACUUGUCAACCACCGAAAUAUCAUAUCCCUUUUGGAUGCCUUCAGCCCUCAGUCAACACUGGAUGAAUUCCAAGAUGUAUAUCUCGUUAUGGAACUCAUGGACGCGAGUUUGUCACAUGUGAUCCACAUGGAGUUGGACCACGAGAGGUUUUCGUUUUUGCUCUACCAAAUUCUCUGUGGAGUGAAGCACCUCCACGUGGCUGGCAUCAUCCACCGCGACCUGAAGCCAAACAACAUCGCCGUGAAGCACGACUGCACCCUCAAGAUCCUAGACUUCGGUCUGGCGCGAUCCAGCACCGAGAACUUCAUGAUGACGCCCUACGUUGUCACACGUUACUAUCGGGCUCCAGAGGUGAUCCUUGGAAUGGGCUACACGGCCAAUGUGGACAUCUGGUCGGUGGGCUGCAUCUUUGCCGAGAUGGUCCUCGAACGCACCUUCUUCCCGGGCACCGACCACAUCGACCAGUGGACCAAAAUCACCGCCGAACUCGGCACGCCCUCGAUGGAGUUCAUCAACCGCCUCGACAGGGAUGUUAGGAACUACGUUCUCUCUCGACCUCACGUGCCGCGACGGUCUUUUGAAACCAUGUUUCCUGACGAGGUCUUUCCCGAAGCCAGUCGGCGACACGCGGAUCUCAACCCGGCGACAGCACGUGAUCUCCUCAGCCGUAUGCUGGUCAUUGAUCCGGUGGAGCGGAUCUCCGUGGACGACGCCCUCAGGCACCCCUACGUCAGUCUGUGGAGUGAUGAUGCCGAAAUUAACGGCCCACCUCCAGGACGCUAUGACCCAGAUGUGGACAACCAAAGUCGAUCUGUGGAGGAGUGGAAAGAGCUGAUCUUCAACGAGGUGCGGAAUUUCACCCCACGGACCUAG